AUGGCGCUCAUCCGGCCCUUCCUCCUUGUCGUUGUCUUUCUCUCGAUGGCCGUCGUCGAUGCGGCCACCCCUCCCACCCUGUACUGCCCUCAAAAGAAUGGCCCGUGGCUGAACAAUGGCACUCAAUGCCAAAAGGAGUUCGAGAAUCCAGAGAAGAAACGCCUCAUCGUCUUCUCAGAGAUUGUCGUCGAAUCGGGCGAUCCGAGCAGCUAUCAAUCACCCAGGAAUAUCAUCAAUUAUGUGUGCCCCCAGCGCACGAUCUGGUGUCCGGGCAUUGUGAACGACACACAACACACGACGUUUGGAUGCUAUCUCGAGAAUACCGUAUCCAUCACCAAGGAGGGCAUCGCCUGUCAUUGUGUCGCCGUCGACAACACAACGGCCCCGAGACUGGACCAUGCGCUCAAUGAGGAACUGCAGAAGCUGCUUUACUUCUACCAAUGGGACGCCACCCAGUGCACGAGCAAGGCGCCCGAAGAGCGACCCCGAGGCGUCAGCUUCCCGUGGCCGACGUACUGCUCGGUGACGGGGCAGCCGUUCAACCCGGUCGACAAGUGCACCAUGCAUCGAGGAAGUGUCAAUUCUGAGCCGGAGCGGAAGAAGCGGUACGAGGAAUGGGAUCCGCGCGUCUUCUACUCGGAGCAUCUGUUCGCCUAUGAUGGCUCGAGAACGCAGUACACAUACGCGUGUGACCUGUUGGAGGAGACGUUCUGCCUGUCGUGGCGGGACCCUGUGAUGAAUGCUUCAUCCCCAGCCGGCUGCUACAGUGGCGCCUACCGGAAGAAUAUCGGCUCCGACUGUGUCUGUGACGUGCUGGACGAGAAAGUGAAACCGGCGCGCCAGGGAAACGUUAGCUGGCAGCUGCUGGCCGCCUACGCCUCGUUGCCCAAGCCGUCGACCGGGCCAACCUGCGGCGCGCGAAAGCGCGCUUCGAACGCCCCAGCGAUUUUGAGCAGCCAUAUACUUCGCACCACCUCUGAGCAUCCCAUCGCCUCCACCAAGGCCGAGCAGUCCGGCGAGCAGGGAGCCGAGAAUAAGCUCGAGGACAUCGCCGAGGACAAGCUGCUGGUGGAUAUGGGAAACCACUGGCAAUUCCUGAGGAUGCCCUCGUUCCGCGCCCGAUGCGCCAUCUGCACGCUAUUCUACUCGCUGGAGGACGUCCACGUCAUCCCGUGCGGCCACACCUUCCACAAAGACUGCAUUAACACAUGGCUCACGAGCCAUCACCCGCACUCGCAGCGCUGCCCGGUAUGCCGUCAUCGCUGUGGCCGCCACGAGGUCGUCAAGGCCUUCAUCGACAUCGACGAGACCGCGGAGGGCGCCGCCGAGCACGCCACUGAUCAGUUGGACCAAAUGCGCCGCGAGCUGGUGCUCACGAAGGCGGAUGCGUUGGAGGCCCAGCGCGACAUGAAGAGGAAGGUCAAUGACGUGCGCGACGAGGCCGCCCGGCUCCUCGCCAAGAAGGACCGGAGAAUCGACGCGCUGGUGGCGCAGAUGAAGACUGUGGUGCAACGUCGCCCGCCCCCACCACCGCAGCAGCAGCAGCCGUCUAGCUCGAAGCAGCCGGACGUGAAGGCCCCGGAGCGCAGCCUCGUCUCGCCCGCGCGCCCCUGCCCAUCGCCGCCGCGCUCCUCAACAAACGGAUGCCGGAGAAGGAGCUGCGCCGCUCGCUUCGUUCCGCGAGCGUCGUGGCCACGGCCCGCCUCACCACGAAGCGCCCCGAGCCGCCGCGUCCUGCUGUCGCUGCCGGACCUGCUGCCAAGAAGUGACGUGCCGCUCGCCCUCGACGAUCAAUCAACGCUCCCCGAACGACACCACCCGGCCGGCCGCCACCCCAUCCUCGUGCUCGACUUCAUGCUCAUCUAC